AAUUUAUCAACGGUCCCUAAGCGCGAUGAUUUUGUUGGUUUGGUUUUUUCAAAAUCUAAUUAAAUUUGUCUUGAUUUCUUAUUAAAUGUAAUUACAAUUGGUUUGAUUUAAUUACGGUGAUCACCAUGAUUGCCAAGGAACACAGCAGACCAUAUAAACUGGUCCAUCAACUGUUGUGUAUCAGCAAUAUUAACUUUGAAAGUCUAUCUUAUAUUGGAAUGGUUGAGCUUCAUGUUAUUGCCCAGGAUAGUAAUUUAAGGACAAUCAAAAUUAAUUGUAAACAGAUGAGAAUUUUCAAAGUUGAUAUGAAUGAUGUUUAUCCAUGUACAUUUACCUAUAAUGAUCCAAGUUUGGAAAUAUGUCAAGAGGAAUGUAAACAACGUAACAUUGACGCUUUUUCCUCUGCCCAUUUAACUUGUAUAAGUUCAACUGAUCCAGAGAAAAAUAAUGGUGAAAUUAUAAUCCAAGUUCCCGAUGAUCUAUUAAAUUAUGUUCAAGAAGGUAAAAUUCUAAGGAUUAGUGUUGAGUUUGCUGCUGAAACACCUUUGGGUGGUGUUCAUUUCGGCGGUGGUGUACCAAGGAAAAUCGAUGAUCCAAAUUAUUCCGUUACGGUUCCUCAUUUAUUCACCUAUGGUCAUGAGAAUAGUUCUCGUCUAUGGUUUCCUUCAGUAGAUUCUUACAGUGAACCUUGUUCAUGGAAAUUAGAGUUUACCGUUGAUGCUUCAAUGGUCGCGGUCUCUUGUGGUGAUCUGGUUGAUGUAAUUUAUACCCAUGAUAAAAAACGUAAAACUUAUCAUUAUCAACUUAAUAUACCAACUUGUGCUCCAGCCAUUGGAUUAGCUGUUGGACCUUUUGAAGUGAUUGUCGAUCCAAAUAUGCAUGAAGUUACUCAUUUUUGUCUACCUCAUUUACGAUCUCACCUUCAGGCCACAUGCUCCUUUCUUCAUGAAGCAUUUGAAUUCUAUGAGGAACUUUUAUCAACCCGAUAUCCAUACACUUGUUAUAAGCAGGUUUUCGUUGAUGAAGCUUAUGGUGAUUGUAUUUCUUAUGCAUCCAUGAGUAUAUUUGAUGUUAAUCUCCUUCAUUCCAAACACAUUAUCGAUCAAACUUAUGAUACUCGAAAUAUUCUUGCCUCUGCAAUCGCGAAACAAUUUUUUGGUACCUUUAUCACCAUGAACGCUUAUUCCGAUUGCUGGUUAACUCGAGGUAUCUCCGCUCAUUUAAGCUCACAAUAUCGGAAGAAAGCGUUUGGUAACAAUGAGUAUCGUUUCUUUGUUAACCGAGAGCUCCAUGAAGUUAUCGCUUACGAGCAAACCCAUGGAGGUGUAAUUCUUGACCCUUCGAAAACAUCGGACAAUGAUAAUUCCAAUGCUCUUUAUUUCUCUUAUCGUUAUCCUCACACUGUGUCACCUCUUUAUGAUGAAAUUCACCGGAAAAAGUCACAUCUUAUCAUACGAAUGUUAGAAGAUCGUAUUGGUCGUGAAUUGAUGCUUCAAGUUUUUAAUAAACUUCUAUCAUUGGCAAUCAAUGCAUCUCAACAAAAAAUUACCGCCAACACUUUAAUGGCCUGGAUUAAUAUUCAAAUAUCUACAAGUAGUUUUACCAAGGUUAUUUUCAAUGUUACUGGUAAAGAGAUUGGUACAUUUCUUGGUCAAUGGGUUCACAUUGGUGGUCAUCCAAAGUUUCAUGGUAGUUUUGCCUUUAAUAGGAAACGUAAUAUUGUUGAACUUGAAAUUAAACAAUUAGAAACAACUUCACUUGGUAUACGAAAAUAUAUGGGGCCAAUUACCGUUUGGAUACAAGAAUUGGAUGGAACAUUUAAACAUAAUCUUCAAGUGGAAGAGAAUACAACCAAACAUGAUAUUACCUGUCACUCGAAAAGUCGGCGUAAUAAGAAGAAAAAGAUUCCUCUCUGUACGGGAGAAGAGGUUGACAUGGAUCUUUCCAAUAUGGAUGCCGAUUCACCCGUUCUAUGGAUAAGGAUUGAUCCCGAUAUGCAGCUACUUCGACAAGUUGCCUUUGAACAGCCCGACAUCAAUUGGCAAUAUCAGUUACGCUACGAACGAGAUGUAACCGCUCAAGCUGAGGCCAUUGAACAACUUAAACGAUUCCCAACUCAACUUACUCGAAAAGCUUUACUGGACAUUGUUGAAAAUGAGCACUGUUUUUAUAAGAUCCGAUGCAUGGCAGCAACUGCUGUAACCCAUGUUUCUAAUGAGAUGGCCUCACAAGCCACUGGUCCACCGGCUCCAGCCGCUAUGAUGAAUGUUUUCAGAAAAUUAUAUGGAUCAUUUUCUUGUCCCCAAGUACCAAAGUUGAACAAUUUUUCCAAUUUCCAGUUAUACUUCCUCCAGAAAACCCUUCCCGUUGCCAUGGCUGGAUUACGCUCUGCUCAUAAAAUUUGUCCACCCGAAGUGUUGAGAUUUAUUCUUGAUCUAUUUAAAUAUAAUGAUAAUAGUAAAAACAAAUUCUCAGAUAAUUAUUAUCGAUCUGCUUUAGUUGAUGCUUUGGCUGCUUCUGUGACACCCUGUGUAUCUGCUGUUCUUGCUCGUACCAGUUUACAACAACAAGCUGAAUCUCUACCUCAAGAAACUAAAUUAAUACUAGAAGAGAUUGUUCGUUAUUUUAAUUUGGACAAAUUGUUACCCUGUUAUAAACUUACUGUGUCCGUUUCCUGUCUCAAAGCGAUUCGCCAUCUUCAAAAAAUGGGACAUUUACCAAGUAAUUCAGCUUUCUACCAAGAGUACGCUCGUUAUGGUGUUUUCAUUGACGUUCGAAUGGCGGCAAUUGAGUGUCUUAUUGAUAUUACCAAAGUCGAACAGCGAAAGGAAGAUCUCGCUUAUUUACUCGAUAUUAUUGAACAUGAUCCAUUACCGAAAGUGCGACAUCUCACCAUUUUAGCGAUGAUUGAAAAUCCACCGAUAACCAAGAAAGAUGUUCAUAAUCCACUGAACACCGAAGAUAUUGUCGAGCGAUUAUGGAGAUUAAUGAACAAUUGUCUAUACCACGAUUCUAAAUUGCGAUGUGCUGUCGUCGAUCUUUACUAUACCUUCUAUGGCCGUGGUCGACCUUCCUGUUUACCUAAACCAGAGUUUUCGAUGGUAUUAAACUUGAAGGAGAAAAAAGCAGUCAUCAGUACAGCUCUUUCCAUGUCACCAUCGCAAUCAAAUCGUGAAGAUCGACCCACUGAACCUGAACCUUUAGACGCUUUCUCGAAGAUCAUCGCACUCAAGAGGCCCGUUAAUGAAGAGUUUCUUUCCAAUAAGAAGCGGCGAUUAUCAGCUGAAGGAUCACAUAUUAGUGAGGAUGACAAUGCUGAACCUAGUCUUGGUCUUUCGGAAACGAAAAUAUCAGAGGAAGAUUUGCCAAUAUCUGACCCCAGUGACCUCCAAUUGAAUUUACAACAACCCACUCCCAGUCCACUAAUUGCAACCGAAUUAUCACCUCGACAAGAAUCAUCACCACUUGUAUUAUCACUUUCCGAUCGUAACAAUGAAGAUGUGCGAUUCACCCCACCUUCAGCCACCCUUUCAGGAGAAAUGGCCUCAACACCAAUUCCACCAUCAGAUGAAAUGGUUAACAGGCAGCAAAUAGAUUUUACCAAUCGAACAGUUGAAAAGUUUGAAUUAAAACUUGAGAAAAGUGAACGAGGUGAACGAGGUGAAAAAGAGAAGAAGAAAAAAGAUAAAGACAGAGACAGAGAAAGAGAAGAUGGUGGAUCAUCUAAACCACAUAAAGACAAAAAGAAAAAGAAAAAGAAACACAAACAUAAACACAAACAUAAACACCGAGAUCACGAUCAUCAUUCACCCGAAUUCAAAGAUGAUCAUGAUAAUCCCGCUGACAUGGAAUAUGAAAAUCCCGGAUUAGCCUUGUAAAGAAAAAGAAAACUAUACACUUAACCGCUCAUGACCAUCAUCAUCAUUAUCACGAAAUCAUCAUCAUCAUCAUCUAAUCAUAGUCAUCAACAUUUCCUUUAAAACAAAUCAACAAUUAUCUUAUAUUAACAUUAAUUCAUCUUUCUGACUAAUCAAUUUAAAACUCACACACAUAAAACCACUUAACUGUUUCUCACAAUUUGUAUGUCAUUUGUAUUUUCCCUUAUUAUUAUUAUUAUUAUUAUCAAUUGAAUAGAUUGUAAAAAAAAAUACAAAUAAAAGUUAAUAGAAAAUAAUCUAAUUCUAAAAAAAUUAA